GGGACACUCUCAGUGGUCGCUCUCUAUGAAACGGAUCAACACAUCAGAGAAGUAGUAACUGCGCAGUGAGUCUCCUCUCUCCAUGACGAGAUUACACCGGUGAUGGUCUGCAGUUUCCUUGAUUAAACCCUGGCGCUGCAGCCAAGUUUGCGGGAAAGCGUGCGAAUCUUGUACACACUUUGGUUCCAAAAGGCGGACACCCUCCUGUUAAGGGAUACUGUAUUGUGGCAUUUCUCUACAGCAAUGAAGAAGUAUAGCCAGACCAUCAAUUUUCUUCAGGAUCACAACAGGAUUACCAUCACGACAAAAAAUUCAAGUUCUUAAUCCAAAACAUGGUACUUAUGGCAGGGAAGCAAGAAAUUGCUAUGGGAAAUACCAGUGAUGAAACUAACAUCAUUUUGUCAUCUAUAUCAAAGGAGGAAGAUAUUAUUUUUGGAGUAAUUUAUUCCAUGUAUGGUGUUUUAUCCGUGUUUGGAAACAGUAUUCUCUUGUUUGUAGCAUACCGGAACAAGCACACCCUUAAACCUGCUGAAUAUUUCAUAAUAAACUUGGCUAUCAGUGACCUUGGAAUGGUAUUAACUCUAUUACCACUGGCCAUACCAUCAUCUUUUGCACACAGAUGGUUGUUUGGUCAUGGAACAUGUAUCUAUUAUGCAUUUUGUGGUGUGUUAUUUGGUAUCUGCAGUCUUACUAACCUGACAGUAUUGGGUGUAGUCUGCUGCAUGAAGAUUUGUUACCCUGCAUAUGGCAACAGAUUUACAUCAGAAUAUGCAUAUCUCCUAAUGACGUUUACUUGGGCAUAUGCUUCCAUAUUUGCCAUCUCCCCUCUUGCAAAUUGGGGUCAUUAUGGACUGGAGCCUUAUGGGACUGCUUGUUGCAUAGAUUGGAAUGCACCAACUACAGAUUCCAAUGCAAUGUCCUAUAUUGUAGCACUUUUUGUGUUUUGCUAUGUCUUCCCAUGUUGUAUAAUCACUACGUCAUACACUCUCAUCCUGUUAACAAUAAAAGGAUCAAGAAGAGCAGUGCAACAGCAUGUAUCUUCACAAACAACCUCUAGCAAUGUUCACAAUCUAAUUGUAAAGUUAAGUGUGGCUGUGUGCAUUGGAUUCUUAAUAGCAUGGACCCCGUAUGCAAUUACAGCAAUGUGGGCAGCAUUUGGGAACAGUGACAAGGUUCCACCACUAGCGUUUGCUCUGUCUGCUAUAUUUGCAAAAUCAUCUACGUUACAUAACCCAAUUAUCCAUCUGCUGUUUAAACCAAACUUCCGAAAAUGUUUGAACAAAGGCAUGGCACAUUUACUCAAUCUGUGCAGCUGGCAGAAUCAACCCUGCAACAGAGGAUCAGACCUGUCUUUAAAAUCAGCUCGUGACCAAAUCAGAUUGAAUUCUUGCAAGCGUCCAAGUAGAUUUGUGGAUCUGCAGGAUGCCUACAAUACAUGCAGCAAUACGUUUGAAAGUUUCAGUAACCAUUCAAAAUCUCAGAGUCCAGGAGGAUCUACAUGUAGAGAUGGAGCUGAUAUUUCAAGUGAUAACAGUACAACGCAUAGUCACGUGAAAACCACUACCUUUGUGAUGGUGACUACAAACAUGACAUCUUCAACUGGACAUAUUGAGGCAGCAAUAGACAAACUGCCCAUCAAGCUAGGGACUAAUAUAACACUAAUAUAAAAUAUUGUUACUUUCUUUUGUCACUUUGAACAAUGAAAGUGUUGUGCAGCUCUACUUAGGUUGACAAAGCAGGUUUUAGUUUGGUAAAGAUGUGUCCAAAAAUCAAGAAAUUACACAAAUUAUGUCAUAAAAAUUGCUAUUUUAGUACUAUAAUUCUAUAUAUUUGUCUUAAGUUUGUAAUGUGCUAACGUCACAAAAUUUCUAUCUGAGGAUUUGAACAGCCUUAAAUAAGUAGGGAUUGGAAUUAGAAUUAGCUGUAUUGUCACAUGUACUCACAUGAGUGCAGCGAAAUGUUUACAAGUUGCUGCUUAUGGUGUCAUCUUAGAUACAAAGGUACCUAGGUACAGAUUCCUGAGUACAAAUUUUGAGGAAAAGAAAUAGGAAACUAAAUAAAUAACAAGUCCAGCAUUACAGACCUUCAAAAGUAUA